AUGGAUGAGGAUGCCGGGUUCUGCAACGCAUACCUUGGUUUCCGUCCACACAUGAAUUCGAUCAUGGACCUCGAGUUCUCAUCGGACGACAUGCUACUGGCUACGGCAUCUGGCGACCAAACGUCUCUUAUCAUUGAUAUGACAACACAACGACCCAUCCACUGCCUAUCAAAUCACUCAUCCUCCGUUAAGCGCGUCCAAUUCCAACCGGCGUCAAACAACAAGGUUCUUGCUACGUGCAGUCGGGAUGGAAAUGUCAAUAUUUGGGAUCUCCGCUGCAAAGGAUUUGAACGGCCUGCGUUGCAAGUCCAAUGCUCCCUGGAAUCUGAAACCGAAAACGCCGCGACCACUGCACCUCGAAAGAUGUUAUACCCACACGUUCUGAAUACCAUUGAAGGCGCCCAUGCAUAUACAACCUCUCAUAAACCCACCAUGGAUAAAAACGAUACGCUACCAAUUGGUCGGACCGAUAUUACCGUCACUUCCCUCGCUUUUCUCUCGCCUGGCCGCGAAAAUCUUUUUGUUACGGCUUCUGAGGCUAGUGCAAGUGUCAGACUUUGGGACUUGCGAACAGCACAUAACAAUCGUCGUGGUCGACCCGUCAUCCCUCUAUCUACAACACAAGAGCCAGAAAGCCAUGUGAAGUAUCGACGCUUUGGCCUGACUUCUAUGGCAUUUGGAGGAGAUGGCUCUCGAUUGUACACACUUUGCCGAGACAACACCAUUUACGCAUAUUCGACAUCUCACUUAAUUCUUGGGCAUGCGCCUGAACUUUCACUCAAUAACAACCGUUCUCGAAGGACUGGAGGCUCCGACAAGGACGGUCUUGGGCCUCUCUAUGGAUUCCGCCACCCUCGCCUCCAAAUUUCCUCAUUCUAUGUAAAGUUAGCCGUGCGCAAAGCAAACCACGAUCAUCCAGAGAUGCUGGCUACUGGGAGCAGCGAUCACUGCCCCAUUCUUUUCCCUACCGAUGAAAGGUACCUCACUUCUCCCGUUAUAAAACCAGCCGAAUCUCUGCCUAGCAGAACUUCCCUCUUCCCUACCCGCUCAGCACUUCGUCGCACCAACUCUGGAAUCGGCCUGUCUGGGCGUCUCGAGGAUACCAUCCCAAUCCACCAAUCAGGCACUCCUCUUAUUGAAGGUCAUCAGAAAGAGGUCACUGGUCUGUCCUGGACCCCAUCUGGCGAACUUGUUACUGUAAGUGAUGACUACUCCGCUCGGUGCUGGCGUGAGGGAUCUGAGGCUCGCGAGCUUCGAAACGGUGGUGAAGCUGAGGGCAAACGCUGGAUGUGUGGCUGGGCUGAUAUGAAAGACUCAAUUGAUGACGAAGACGAAUGA